AUUACGCCCAAAACAAAACCCUAGAGAAAGCAAUUUAAGCAAACAGAAGAAGAAGAAGAUCUUAGUCGUUGAUCUGAAGUCUAUCAUGGUGUCUCGAUAUUAGGGUUUUUAAGUUCUAUACUACCUUUUAUAUAAUCUAUCUCCUCCUCCUCCCUCUUUAGCCGUCUUUCCUUCCCUCCCUCUCAGAUCAAAGCUUCAAAAUGUAGGUUGGUUUUAUUUUGAUGACAAUUUUAGCAGAUCCAACGGCUAAUCCCUGUUUUUCUCCGGUUCAAAUUCGGCUUCAUUUUUCGCUACCUUUGUAAAUUGCCGCGAAAAACCCUAACCCUAACCCUAAAGCUCCUCAACUUUUCUCAAUGACGAAGGUUCACGGAACCGGCGUUUACGACUUCAAGCGCUGCCAUGUGGCGGAGUACCUGGUUGAGUUAGCCGACAAACCGAAAAUGAAACCUCCUCACAGUUCAUCCCUUCUGAGCUCUAUUACUUUGUCUGAAAUCUAGCGGGACCAGCUGACUAGAAUAGCAGCCGCGAAUUGGCUGAGAAGCGGUAGUUCGAAGCCUGAAAAGCCAUUCGACCCUCAGCUGGUUAAGGAUAUUUAUGAGACCGAGCUUACGGUGAAGUCGGAAGGGAAGUCUCAGAGGAAAACUGUGCCGUUGCAGAGGGUUAUGAUAUUGGAGGUUAGUCAGUAUUUGGAGAAUUACUUAUGGCCGAAUUUUGAUGCUGAGACGGCUUCGUAUGAGCAUGUCAUGUCCAUGAUUUUGAUGGUCAAUGAGAAGGGAAGAGAAUUAACCAUUGCAGAGAAAACGAAUUAUCUGGUUUUCAUGAUCAAUGCUUUUCAGAGUUUGGAAGAUGAAAUUGUCAUGGAAACUGUCCUUAGAUUAGCAAGUCUGCGAUCUUGGCACAGUUUGUCGUAUGGUCAUUUUCAGAUGGAACUUUGUCUAAAUCCAGAUUUGAUCAAGAAAUGGAAAAGAAUGAUAAAGAAAGAAUCUGAUGAUGCCAAGAAGCUAGGAGUGCAUCUUGAUCCCUUAUCUUCAUUGGAAGCUAACUUAUUGAGAAAUCUGAUAGAAGAGUUUCUUGAGGUGCUUGAUCAUAAGGUUUUUACCCAGAAGAAUCCUGUCAGUGAAGAUGAUGAACGUAAUGCUUCUAGUAUUUUCGAUCAAGUUGAUGAUGCUUCUAUUUUGUACUGUGAAAGGUUUAUGGAGUUUCUCAUUGAUUUAUUGAGUCAGCUGUCAACAAGGAUGUAUCAUUGCCCUGCAACAGGAUCCUAUCCUCUUAGCUUUUAACUGAUUUGUUUUCUUAUUGUAAGAAUAUUUUUACCAUUGUAACUUUUAACAUUAUGAAUUUGAAGUACUAUUUAGAUUUGCUGUUUUUGAUUGGAUUUCA